GUUGGGUGCGGUUUGGGGAUGGGGUUGUUAUUUGGGGUUUUAGGGAUUUGGGGGUUGCGGGGUGCGAUUUGGGGGUUUGGGGAUUGCAAUGCAGUUUGUGAAUUUAUGCUUGUGUUAGUCUUAGACCCUACCCUAUCUUCAAUAGAAUUCAUCAGGGUUUACGUUUCCUUUGCCCUCUUCGUCUCUCUUGAUCAUCAAUUGUUCUGCUUGAACUAGCUGAAGUGCUCUGCAUUUACCUGUUCAAACAAUCAAACAAUAAAUCCAAAAGGGGGAAAGAGAAAUGAAUAUAGUUAAUCCUUACUUGUCAACUGAGAGUUGUAUCUUUCAAGUUUCAAUGACAUUCAUAGUAAGAAGAAUACAUGAAGCAGUAUCCAGUAGGUGUAUAUAUAAUGUCUAUAUGCUUCGAAUACAAAAAAAUUUGAUCUGCUAUUUCUAUUUAACAAAAUUCAUGUAUUUGAAAUUCGAAAAGUGAAUUUAUGCACUAAAAUCAUUCACUUCUAUCAUUCACUAUCAUUGCUCCUCUCCUGGAUGGGUUUGUUUUGAUCCAAUUGUUGCUUACUUUGCUGUGAUCUGCUAGUGGUAGUUGUGUUUUUCUUUGGUUUGCAAGGAACUGAAAGAGGAUGCUAUUUCUGUUUGCUUUGGUUCAUAUUAGUUCUAGACUACUAGGUGCAUUGUUGUGGCCUAUGUUAGCAAGAUAUAUGUAAAUUUUAUUUCUGUGUAAAGUAAAACAGAGAGAUGGAUUGUAUUUCUGUGCACUUUUUUUACAUUGAACUUCUCAUGGAAAUUAUUUGUUUGUGACUUAGUGAGUGUGGUGACUCAUAGCUGUCUUAUGUGCUUGAGAACCAUAGUUUCCACCAGGUUUUUCUGCUUGUCUAUUGAAGUUGGUCUGGGUUAAUUGAUUUUUUGGUAUUGAUCUAAAUAUUUUUGGUAUUGAUCUAAAACAGAGAGGUGGUAAUAUUUUUAGGAUCUUGGCUCGAAUUGGUUCUUUCUAUCUAAAUAUAUACUCACUUAUGCAUAUACACCAAAUGACAUUGUAGUGGACUUUGUUAAUUGUAUAGGUUUCUUCAAGGAUCAGAAACCGAUUAGAAAACUCUUGAAAAGAUUAGAGUUGCAAUCAGAGAACAAACAGAAAUAAUUGUUCAGUUGAUCAGAGAUGGUUAAGAGGAAGAACCAAGGGCGCAGGAAAUCACUUGUUGCCGGGAGCUCCCAUGAUGCCCCUGAGGAGGUUGAGGAUCGCCACACACGCCUGCUUGCUUCUCAUCGUAGGCGACUUGGUGAGGAUCAGGAUGUUGGUGGGACGUCAGAUGAGCAGCUGCGAGACCCUGAUGGCUAAGAGGAAGAACCAAGGGCGCAGGAAAUCACUUGUUGCCGGGAGCUCCCAUGAUGCCCCUGAGGAGGUUGAGGAUCGCCACACACGCCUGCUUGCUUCUCAUCGUAGGCGACUUGGUGAGGAUCAGGAUGUUGGUGGGACGUCAGAUGAGCAGCUGCGAGACCCUGGUGAGAUGACUCCUGAGCCUUCUCGUGAGAUGACUCCUGAUGGAGGCCCACAGUCACUUGAGAAUACCUGUGAAUAUUCACAUAAAUGGAUUUUAAUAUAGCGUAAGGAUGCAAUAGAAGACAAUUAUGUUGAUCAUGAGUUGUUUUAUCUGGUUGUGUGUUAUUUUCUCUGCCA